AUGCGACAACAUAUGCUUACCUCUGAUUCUGGUGAAAAUUAUGAAAAUGAUUCGACGCAUAAUACAGGUGUUAUUGAAAGAAUACGACGAAGGCGAAGCAUGUCUGAUGGCAGAGUGUUGAUGACUCAGCACUUUACGGAAAGAACACUUACUCCAGGUGGUGAUAUCAGCUUGCAAUGUGCAGCUACAGCUGAUAGACCUCCUCAAUUUACUUGGCAAAGGGAUGGAGUCGGUAUAUCUAGCAACACUGACUCCAGAUAUUCAUUGGGUCAAAUAAUGCGAUCUGAUGGCACUGUGCUGGCUCAGCUCAAUAUAUCAAGGAUAAGAGUGGAAGAUGGUGGAUUAUACUCUUGUUCAGCGAGAGAAGGUGAUCAUGUAGUUGUCCAUGAGAACAGGCUGGAUGUAUAUGGACCACCUUAUAUUAGAGCAUUACCGCCACUAAAAGUCCAAAGCGGGGAAACAGUCAAUCUCAGAUGUCCAUUUUAUGGAUAUCCUAUCAGCAAAAUUGAUUGGGAAUUUAAGGGCAAAACCAUCAGCUCGGACAACCUCUUCCAAAGAUAUAAACGCAGUCAACACAAGCGAAAAUAUCGUAGCGUCUCCAACAUCCACGGAGUACUCAGUAUCCUAGAGAUUAACAAGGACCACGAGGCGCAGUAUACCUGUAUUGUGACCAGUCCAUCAGGAGAAAUGGCCAGACGGACAUUCGAAAUACAGGUUAUUGAAGCGCCAGUGUUGGAAGAUCUUUUAUUUGGGAACAACCUUCAAGAAGGUCAAAUAGUAAAUAUUUACUGUAACGUAAGGAGCGGCGAUUUGCCGAUACAUUUUGAGUGGCUAAAGGAUGGAAAGCGGAUACCGAGUGGUUUGAAGGUCGUUGAGAGGAGUUCAGAGCUAUUCAGCGCGCUUAUAAUAAAAAAAGUUUCUUUAGAACACUGUGGUACAUACACCUGCGUCGCUACCAACCACGUCGCAACUGUUAAUAAGACAACAGAGUUGUUUAUAAAAGUUGCCCCAAAAUGGGCAGAAGAGCCAACAAACUCUUCUCUUUUAUUAGGCAGAAGAGGUGUUGUCUCGUGUAGCGCUAGUGGGUAUCCAAAACCUCAGGUGCAUUGGAUGAAAAAAGACGCGAUUCUCGGUACCUGGCAACCCGUACUAGAACUUGCUGGAGGCGGAAUUCUAAGCUUGACAAAUGGGUCUUUGGUGAUAGACGAGGUAUCACUAGCAGACGAGGGACUAUAUUCUUGCAACGUUGAAAAUGGCGUCGGUACGCCACUCAGCAAGACUGUCUGGAUUACAGUAAAUAAGCCAGUCCACUUCUCCACAUCAUCAGCUAAUAUUACAUCACGGCUGGGUCAAUCAGUAGCUCUGGAGUGCCACGCUCUCGGAGACACACCGAUUACUGUACAAUGGAUGAGGCAGGGACACGCCCUAGAAGUGCACUCUCAUAGAUGGAAACUGUCAGAAAUAAAAACCAACUCAGGGUUGAGAAGUACAAUAAGUAUACAGUACGCAGAAACAAAUGAUGCAGGAUUGUACCAAUGCCGAGCGGGCAAUCCCUUUGGGAGCAGCAUAUACAAUGUAUAUGUCACAAUACUGGAACCGCCCACACCACCAACUGAACUUCGUUUGGAGUCAGUUCAAUCUCGGAUAGUGGCCAUAUCAUGGCGAACCAAUGAUCGUUUAAAUGCCAAGCACUAUACCGUACAGUAUGCGCCUGCGCACCUCAGUGAUGUUCGUUGGGAACUCGCUAGUACAUUUAAUGUCACAAGCAAUAAUGAAAUACGUCAAAUAUUCGAGCUGCAAAAUCUUCGUCCGGCGAAUGGCUAUGCAGUUAGAGUUGCAACUGUCAACCAAGUCGCUGUAAGCCGGUUCACUGAACCUUUGUAUUUCACUACACAAGAGGAACCUCCAUCAUCUCCACCACAACAAGUACGUGUAUCGCAAACAGAAGAGCCAGGUCAGCUAAGAGUGUGGUGGUCACCACCAGACCCACUAUCACAUAAUGGCCACAUCACAGGAUUCCACAUAAAGGCUGUACCACAGAACGUUGGACCAAUUUCAGAAGAAUCAAACACGAGAAUGCUAAAAGUGCCACACCAGUCUGGAAAGCAAGAGACAAUGCUAAGUGGUCUUUUGAAAAAUACAAGAUAUGCUGUAACAAUAUCAGCUUUUAAUAGUGCUGGUUCAGGUCCAUUUUCAUCACCAGUUUUUCAGGAGACUCGGGAAGGAGCUCCCGAAAACGCUCCAUCUUCAGUUGAAUGUACAGCCGUUUCUUCAACAUCAUUGCGAGUCGGUUGGCAACCCUUGAUAGCACCAAGACAUGGAACUGAGAUUUUGGGAUAUACCAUUCUUUAUGCCUCUGAUGAGAGUGAUUGGCAGAAUCAAACAUCAAUUCAUACGGAACAGUAUUUGCAAAACUUACUAAAAUAUGCAAAUUAUACAAUUAAAGUCGCUGGCUAUUCCAGUUACGGAGUAGGACCGUUCUCUUACCCAAUCGUCUGCACUACUUUACAGGACGUUCCAUCACCACCAGCAGAUAUUAAAGUUUUAGUUCUAUCACCGACAACAUUACUCAUCAGUUGGAAGCCACCAGACAGGCCGAAUGGAGAAAUUAUUUUCUAUACAGUCUACGUCAAACCAGUGGGAAGUGCGGGCGAUGCAGUUAUAACACAGCGUAUAGAAUCUAUUCGCCAUACGGCAGAGGUGAAGGAUUUGAGCACUGGCCGGACUUAUGAAGCGUGGGUGUGUGCGUCUACGCAUGUUGGUGAAGGCCGAGCAAGCAAGAGACUGACUCAAACACCAACGCAUAGAGUCGUAGCUGGAGUUUCAUCUUUAGGCGGUUCAAUAUCUGUUGGUGCGGGAUCAUCUCUGCUUCUACGAUGCGAGUGUGUGGGAUCUCCUGCAGCUCGUACGGUGUGGUACCACAACCACAACAUCAUCACCCACCAUCCCCGCUUUACACGGAACCACGACGAUACACUUCUGAUUAACAAUAUUGACGAAUCUCUAAGCGGUAAUUAUACGUGUCUAGCUAAGAAUCUGUAUGGUUCUGAUUCUGUGAAAUAUACAGUGAUUGUCCAACCAUUACCGGAUUCGCCAAUCCUUAGAGCAACGCCAUAUAAAGACUCCUUGGUAGUCGAAUGGGAACAACCACAUUACUCAAUUACAAAUAAAUCAUCUGCACAGAAAAUAACCUACAGCCUAACUUGGAAAGAAGCAAACGGACCCUGGCAAGAGGCUUGGUCGACAAAUGAUCUACCAAAUAUAUCUAACGUCCAAAAACAUACCUUAACUGGACUUAAGUGUGGGACAAAAUAUUCGUUACGAAUAACAGCGACGAACAGAGUGGGAACCUCACAACCUGCGUAUCUAGAUAUUAGCACCUUGGGAACUGUCCCAAUUCCACCAACAUCAAACGAAUGGUUAUGGAGCAACAGUUCACACAUGUACAUCCAGUUGGCUGGCUGGGAGAGUGGUGGUUGCGAUAUGAGAGCUUGGGAUGUGGAGUUUCGUCCCCUGGGAUCAAGAAUCUGGACCAGAGCCAGGAAUACGUUGACAUAUGCGGAUACAAGUUGGAGUCUACCCCUGUACCAAGCACCGAACUAUCGUUCAAGUUCGUUCGCUAUAUCGGAUCUAUCUCCCGGAACGUGGUACCAGGUCAGGAUUACUGCCACUAAUGAGGCUGGGAGUAUUAGUAGCAUUUAUAAUUUUGCUACUAAAAAUUUGGAUGGUAGUGAAGUGGGUCCACCGUCUGACAUAUUUGACCUAAAUAUGCUUGUAAUCGUAUUUAGCUCAAUUCUACUUCUCGUCUGCCUCAUCUGUUGUGCUUAUAUUUUACUAAGGAGACAAAGAUCUGGAAAUUUUACACAAUACAGAGAUUCUCUAACGACAGAUAAUAAAUCCGAGAACGGUAAUCUCACUACAAAUGCGUCGCACAAUAACCUUACGAGCGUUGUGAAAGAAAAUGCAAUAAAUGCACAAAAUAGGAUUUAUAGCACACCAAUACCAGUGAGGAAUAAUGGCAAACACGAGCUAUAUGAAAUUAGCCCAUACGCACAAUUUGCGGUUGGCUUCAGAACGUUUGGGCACGUUGAUAACCAGGAUCCUCCUUUGGGCCAUAAACACAAAUAUUGUGAUACAGAAACAAGUUUCCAAAUGUGUUCUGAAUGUGAAGAUAGCGACACAAUAUCAAAAUACAGCGGAAGUAAAUGCUCACGUGAAACCUGUAGAACCCCGCAUCACAGGUAGCUACGCGAAAAAAUGCUACUUAAAAUGAAAGGGUAGAAUUGUUAAGGACCACCGGUAGAACGGAAAAUUGAGGUAAAUCCAAAUGAAGCCAAUAAAAUAUCACUGCAAAUAUUAUGGUUGUGUUACAAUAUUUAUAGGUUAACAGUUAAACUCAUGGUCUCAAUAUAAAAUAAGGUUGUAUAGAACUUUACAUUACCCCUUACUUAUAAGCACUUAAUCUCUUAUUUAAAAACUGUUUCACUGUGUAAAUAGGAAUCACAUUCUGGAAGAACAUUUCUUUCAAUUACGUAUUAGAGUCGUAAAAACAGCUUGGCUUGUUUUAAGAUUUACGUAGCACCAAUGCAUUGGGAAUUAUACUUGCCCGAAUCGUUGAUCGUGUUAUAUCGAAUAAUUUCUAUAAUUUACAUCUCAACAUAAAUUACAAAUAUCUGAAUUAGAAUACGCAACAGCAAGACUCAAAUAUAGUACUUACUAUUUUAUGACAUAACCGUAUAAAAAACAGUGUCACUAUUACAAUGCUAGAUUGUUCCAGUAACAAGCUAUAUUGAUUGCCAAAUUAUUAAAUAAAUAUCCAGCCUUAGCAAGCCGGGAAAUGCUGUUAUAAGUAAGGGGUCAUUUUAUUUUACUGUGCAAUCAGUGUAACGGCCCGUUCACACUUGGAAGUCCGUUUUACUGGUACGUUUUAAACGGAUACGUCAUAAAUUUAUACUUUGUCACACAUAGGCACCGUAUAAUGUUCAACGGAUCCGUCAUUUCUGGAUGCCAUGUGUAAACAGAAAACCGCCUCUAUUCUACAAGGAUGUAUCUAUCCAUUAAAAAUCUACGUAUAUUUUUACUGUUCCGUCGUCCAGUAAUCGAUGCAAAACGGAAUGUAU